AUGUCGGACUCAUUAUAUAAUGAUUACAAAAACAAUUGCUAUGAAUAUAUGAAAACAGUGAAUUAUACUGAAAAAAUUAUAAAAGAUAAUAAUUCAGAUCAAAACAAAUUACUAAACAUUUAUGAAAAAGCAGUAAACAGUGCUGAAAGCAUGUUUAAACGCAUGCAAUUGGAAGUCGAAACAAAUUCAUUAAUUGGUGAUCGUCAACAUGAACUAAAUGAUAUACAUACAAAAAUAACAGAAUAUAAAUAUAAAUUAAAAAAAUAUAAAGAUGAAUUUUUAGAAAAUAAUUUAGCAAAAAAAAAUGUAAGUAAUAACUUUGAUGAUGAUAGAGCAUUUCUUCUUACUGAUAUAGACAUAUUAGAAAAAGGGGAUGUAUAUAUUAAUCAAUCAAAAAUAUUAUUAGACAAUUCAGAAUAUAUUAGUAAUGAUGUUAUGAGAUUAUUAAAUAAACAAAAGGAAUCUAUAAAAAAAAAUAUUUCAAAUAUUUCUUUUGUUACUGAUAAAUUAUAUAUUGCUAAAAAUAUUAUCAAAAGUUUAAAAAAUAAAGACUUAUUUAAUAAAUAUAGAUUGUAUAUUAUAUAUAUAUUUAUCGUAUUAACAUUUUCUUUUAUUACAAUUGUAAAAUAUAAUCGAUAUGUAUCAAGCACAAUUAAUCCACCUAUACAAACAAAUAAUCUUAUUCACGACGUUAAUAAUGUUAAUAUACAAAAUGAUCCAUAUAACCAUAUAACUAAUUUACCAAACUUAAAUGAAACAAAUAUAGUAGUAAACAAUUUAGACAAUAAUAUUCAAAAUGAACAAAGUGAUACAAAUAAAAUCGAAAAAAAUAUUCAAAACAUAAGUGAUAAUAGUACCAUAAACGAUGAAUAG